UUAAAAUUGUAUAUUUUAUUUACUGAAAUUCACGCUAAAUGUAACACGUAGUGUUUAUGGUCAGUGGGUGUUUAAGCAGUUGCCACUCAAUGUAAACUUUAAAUAUUCCGACUCCAACCAUGCCGCGGUGAGGCCGACUUCUGCUCUCGUACAUCCCCGAAGUUUGACUUGCUGCUACAAAUUGCAGUUUAACCGGAUAGUCCCUGAUUUAUAUCGUCGAAAUGUUCGGGGGCAGACGUGUCACAUUCCGCGUCCUCGCUAUAUCUACAUUCGUCUCGAUUGUAUUCCUUUAUUUCGUUGUCAAUUCUUCGUACAAGCUCAAACCCAAUGUAAAUACUGGAGAUUUUGAGGACGCUCCGAAGGAAACGAAAAUUUCCUCGAAGCGCUCUGGCGUGGAUUUGAUUGUAGUCGAGGAGCAUCAUGAAGUUCUGGAGUAUUGGUUCAACGCAGCAAACCAGGGAAAAAUACCGAAAGCUGGGAAUGUGUUGCUUCACAUAGACGCCCACAGCGACAUGGCUCCUCCUGAAAUGGUCGACGGUUACCCAGUAUUCAGGUGGCCAAAAAAUUCACGUGAGGUGACAGCCAUGAUGCAAAGCAACGACGUGUUUAUACAGGCUGCGGCUAUGUCGGGGUUGUUUAAGAAGGUGAUUUGGGUUUGGCCCUCGUGGGACGAGGAUACCCAUGAGGCCGACGACUUGUCGCAAAAAUUUGGCGGCGGCGUUUUUUCCGACGGGGAGCAAAAAAAUUUCUGCGAAUGUCAGUACGACAAAGACGGCAAAACCAAGCAGAUGUGCCAGUACGUAAAUCGUUCCAAGUUCGCGGAGGAGCCGGAUUACGACGGCACCGAAGUUGAUCCGAAGCUCUGUGAUAUCAAUGCGCAUAUCAUUUUUCGACAGAUCGUCGACUAUGAAGCUUUGCAUAAGCUGAAUCUCGGUGAGCUUGUUCAAGAAGGCGAAUCCUUACUCCUUGACAUCGACGAGGAUUUUUUCGGCUGUGUCCUGAGAGGACAUCGUUUGAUCGACGCGGGAAUACCUUGGACGGUUGUGGACGAAAUUGACGAACUCAUGAACGAGUUGUUUUGUCCACAGCUCACGGUACACGAGGGUAUCGCAAAUCGCUUCAUGCAAAUCCUGCUCGGAUUGACGAUUAAGCAUUGUAAAAGCAGCGAAGUGGAGGGCAUCUCUUGCGUCACCCCCCAGAGUCCAAAAAGCAGGGAAUUCUCGAAGGAAAUAAACCGCGUCAUCAUGAGGCACUUGAACAAGGGAAUAUUUUGUGACCUCACGCGAGAUGUGCGCCAGAAACGUUUGGAAAUGCUGAUCGAGUACUUUAUCGAGUUGGACGUGUCGCAGAUACGAGCAUGCGCAGAUUUAGGCUUCUGCAUGCAGACGUCGCCGCGAAGUUACCAGGCGAACGGUUUCCAGCUGUGCCACGGCGCGAACGAGCCCAAUACCACGAUCGUCACGCAGCACUCGCCUGGGGAAAACGAGCUGAUAUUACGUCUCAAACGCUUGCAGCGCAUGCUGGGGGCAAAGAAGUACCCGAACCCCGGGAUGGUGACUUUGUGCCGGUCGGUACGGGAUGGGUACACGUCCGUGCGGUACUUCGAGGAGAUCGAGAAAAGCGUCAUCGAAUCGAUUAAGCAGAGCCGGAAAGAUGUAACAUUUAAUGUUAUUUAUGAUAUUAAUUUAUUAGGCGGGGUUCAGGGAUGGAAUUCUCGUGCUGCGGACCAGUCAUACCUUAGGACGAGUACUAGAAAAAAACAAUAGGGAGAUUAUUUUUUAUUUAUAAAAUAUGUUCGGUUCUUUAACUGCUUAUGUGGAAAGCAGUUAUGAUAGAGAAUAGUUAUAGUGAACACAUCUCCAGGAUACGUAAACUUCAAGCCGGUCCUAAUCUAAUGAUCAGUAAGUCCUAAAUGCGCUACUAUGUAAAUGCUUUACAAGUUUACAACAUUAGGUUAGGAUUACGGUGAGAUUUGGGAUUUGGGUUAACGCUAAUCGACUUUAAAUGUAAUCUAAGACUUACCUUAAUCCUAACUUAAUCGCAGGGAUUCAAUUCGUGUAUUUAGGAUUUGUUGAUCAUUUAGGAAUGCCGUGUAUUCUGGUAAUGCGUUUUCAUGAAAUUUUACAAAAGCCACAGAUGAUCAUCUCAAGGACCGUAUAGAUAAAAUUACGAACAGAUUUUUUAGCUGACAACAGUUGUUUUAAUUGAUGAGAAUUGAACGUGUCUGAAAGACCAUUGAAAUUAGAGAAAUAGAAAUCAGAAGUAAAGGUUUUAUUGUA